AUGAACUUUUUCAUUUUACCCGCUACUUUCCUGUUUCUUCUUCUUAUUGGAUAUUCUACUGCUCAAAAUGGAGGAAUCGCCAGAAUGCAAGAACUGAGAACGAAAAUUGAUCCUAUCAGAAGCUUCGAUCUACCAGAAGAAGCACCGAGAGCUAGAAUCAUUUCAACUGAUUUUUUGAGUAGAAGCAGCAGAAAAAUGAAGGUUUUCAAGGACAACUCUCGCCAGGAAGAUUUCAGAAGAUGGAAACUUGACGAAUUGUCUGAGAGAGAUAUGAGAUCCAGCAAAGAAGUCAAAAGUUCCGCUCGUUCACCAUUUGGAUCCAGCAGUGGAAGUGCGGAAAAGGAGGAGAACAUCGGAGAAUUUUUCCCAUCAAGACGAUUCCUCAGAUUGUAA